CCUCUCCCGUCAUUCCAGGCUUCAUACAACAACACCAUCCAGCAACAUCCAUACCAAUACUCUCAUUCCUUCAACGACCCAAACAUGAGCACGAUAACCGACUUUACCCUCGGCAGGGAGGAAUUCCCCUGUGACUCCUCUGCCAGGAGCUUCUCAGUGGCGUCAGCUCCCGGCGCCGUUCCCUCGCCGUAUACUCCCACCUCCGGCCGGUCAACGCCGGUCCUACUACCGUUUGGCAAUAACAUCUUCCCGACGGGGUCAGAGCCCGUCAAUUUUCUGGACAUGGGCUAUCCUUUCCAACAACAAUUAGUGUCUCCACCGUUGGAGUACACUCAACCACAUUGCUUGACAGAAUCUUUCGGCUCAUACACGGGUAUGCCAACCUUGGCGUGGCAGACAGACGGACAGCCCUUGUAUGGGGAGAGGUUCACCCCUGACGUAAACGCUGCCAUGGGGGAAGCAAUAUAUCCUCCCUCAUACUUCUCUAUCCAAGAGAGAAGUGCUGCUCUGCACCAAGUUCAAGGCCGCUGUCGUAUCAACAAGCGGACAAAAGUUCCCAUGGUGAUGGUAGAGCGACGCAAUGCGUCAAAUCUAGAAAGCAUACCAGCUAUGGUAUGCACAUCAGGGGCACACAAGUGCCCACAUCCAAACUGUCGGGACCGGAAGCCUUUCAAAAGACAAGAGCACUUGAAGCGUCAUCAGACAACGGUACAUGGAGGCUUAGAUUCAGUAAAGUGCCAAUUUUGCUCAGGUCGUUUCAACCGCAACGACAAUUACCGGACCCACCUCAAACUACACACUGAAACUGGAGGUCGAACUCCAUAUUUUGCGGAGGCCCAAGCUGUCUAUGAAGAAGAGAUGCGGAAAACGAAGCAGAGACGGCAGGGUAACAAAAGAUCAGGUGCAAGGGCAGACAGACGACGAGUGCCAAGUUAGAGCAAUAAUACUUGGCGGGUUUGUCUUAGGUCAAAAAGUCACUCUGUUUUCACGGGGACGUGUUUUUUUGGAUUGCGAGGCGUUCUUUUGGG